CUGAAGCAGCCGGAAGUGACGCGAGGACGUGAAUCGGAUGACGUGAGUUUGUCAGUUGCUUCUAGAACACAGCUCUUUCUCACAAGAGGGUUUUCUGUGUUCUCGCGGUCUCGCGUCGUUUAGUGACAGUCCAGGCGAACUGUUCCGCUACCACUGAACGAAUACAUAACGAAAGCGUUCUCUAUUAAUGUCGGAUCUCUCCGCUGUUGAAGGGUUUAGAUGUAGCGCACGCAGCGGAUCAGAUAUGGCGAACAGAAGCUGAAGGAGGUGAUCUCGUCGAGGGUUUCCUCUUAUCUCGCUUCUCCUUCCUCCAAUACUCGCGUGGUUUCAACAGCAGGCCUGGUUUACAGACUCUGUUUAGUGUUUGUCGAGUGGUGAGCUGUAGACAGUUAUCGUCAGGAUCAUGGAUUUCGACAGCGUGCUGUCCAUUGCUUCCCAAAAUCAAGGCCUCAGCAGCGUGUCGCGGUAUAGCCUGAAAACCGGUCCACCCAAGAAAGAUGUCAAAGUCAAGGGAGUGAACUCGUCUGCGGUGCAGGCCUUCUUGAAAAAACAGGCCAUGGAGCAAAAGAAAAAAGAAAUACAGAGUAAGAAAGCAAAAGAGGACCUGCUGGCCAAAAGAGUGGCGCUUAAAUCAGACAGGAAGGCAAGAGCAAUGGCUUCCCGAACUAAGGACAAUUUCAGAGGUUACAACGGCAUCCCUGUCAUAGACCAGCCCAAAAAAAGGCGGUCAAAGGGGGAGAGAUCUGAUGAGCAGCAAACAUCGAAUGCAGAUGAUGACGAUGAUGAUGGUGACAAUUACGACUAUGAAGGAACAGAUUCUGAAUCUGAAGAACAAAGCAUGCCUGUUAAGCCUCCGUCUUGGCCUGAGUCGUCUAAAAAAGUCGACAGCAAACCGAAAAAACACAGUGCUCCAGCAAGGCCCCCUCCAUCAACAAUGAACUUUGCGGACCUCUUGAGACUUGCUGAAAAGAAGCAAUUUGAACCUGUUGAAGUAAAAGUAGUGAAGAAGACCGAAGAGAGGCUUAGAACAGCCGAGGAGAUUCGAGAACUCGAAAUAGAGCGCAGAGUCAAGAAUCAGGAUAGAGGGAAAGAUGCCAAACCAGACAAGAAUUCAGGACACAAAGACAGCCGAUCCCAGCCCAGCUCAAAUUCACAAAAGAAGAACGUAGAACGAGAUGGCAAAAUUGGGAAAUUGCCCAAGCCAUCGGGGGAAAAGUACCAGUCAGGUAGUACCAGCAAAAAGCCAAAGCUUCAAUCAUCCAGUGAAAGAAUUCCAAGUUCUGCCAAACUACACGGAGACAGAAACUCAGGCUCCUCAGGUGCCUUAAAUGGUAAAGCUGCCAUGAAGAACAGUGCUCCUUUUCAAUUGAAACCAGCACCCUCACAAGGCCAAAGGCCCACAACCUCAAGUGACCUUACCCCAAAGAAGGGGAAUACCUCAGUACCUCAAGGGAAAUCAAGUAUUUUGGGAAGUCGUGCUGGAGUUGCUCCUGGUGCAGCUAGACCAAGUCAAGCACCACACAAAAACUCUGGGCAAGUUAGACCUAGUAACUCUGGUGGGCCACCUCAGAAACCAGCUAAACCAGGACAUUUAUCACGGCCUGGGAGCAAUGGACUUGUACCCUCUUCUGGUGACCCCUCAAAGCAACCAAGGCCAGGUGGUAGUUUGCAAGUUAAGCAUGCUCCUGGAAGCUCCAAGGCCGCCCCAAAUGGACCAAGCAGGAUGGGAAGUAGUGUUUCUGGGAGACCGGUAAACAUCAUGGGCUCCGGCCCUAGAAGAUCUCAGUGCACUGUUGUUUCGGAGACUAUUUCAUCAAAGAGCUUUGCAACGAGACCUGGGAUGGUUCCAAGACCUCCGGGACCUCAAGGCCCCAGGACAGUCAUUGGUCCCUCAGGCCACAGAGUCCUGGUUAAACCUCCUGGACCAGUGUUGCCCCCCAUAACAUCCAGUUAUAAACGAAAGUAUGAGGAGGAGGAGGAAGAGUACGACUCUGAGAUGGACGACUUCAUCGACGAUGAAGGAGGGGAACAAGAUGAAAUUUCAAAACAUAUCAGGGAAAUCUUUGGCUAUGACAGGAACAAAUAUAAAGAUGAAAGUGACUAUGCAUUGAAAUUUAUGGAGAGCAGCUGGAAAGAACAGCAGAAAGAGGAAGCGAGGAGCCUGCGAAUGGCAGUGUAUGAGGACCAGGAGGAGGAAAGACGAGAACUUGAGGAGAUGAGGCGCAAGAAUGCCAAGAAGAGAAAAUGAUUGUGUUUCCGACAGACUGAAAUAAAACGCUUCUCUCCCUUUACGCAGAGACCCAGCGAAAAUGGCGAUCCUUAAUGACACCUGUUUUUGUUUCUGCCUCAGUUUGCGCCUGGGCAUCAAGGAGGAUGAAGAGGAGAUGCGUAUGGAGGAGGAGGAGAUGAAAAGAAAACUAGCGAUGAAAGCAAAGCAGAAAAAGAUUUAGUUUCCCUUACUUGACUUUGAUAUAGUCUUAUUUGGUUGGGAGGAACCGAGUGGAAUGGAAAUGCCUUCCUUGUGCCGCUGACAUUGUUACACUAUUUAUUUGAAUGCCCAAGCCAUGGGAGCAGGUUUGCACUAUCAAGAGCCCAUCUGACAUAGCUGAGCUUCGGAGAAAAUAAUAUAUGAAAUGAAUAACUGAGAAUCACGAUAGCAUUUUUUUGUAUCUGUAGAAACCAUGAAAGUAUAUCUAUGUGGAUGCCUUACUCAAGCACCGAUUUCCAGAUUGGUCCUGAUUUAGGGAGAGCUAUUUUAUAACUUGUACUAUUUAAUUGGCGAAAAAGACAGAAGAAUGCCAUUUUUCCAAUGUAUUUUUUUGUUAAAGUGAUUUGACAGA